GGCGGCCCUAGCACCCUGCCUGCUUAGUUAAAUUAAAGGCCGGGCUGUCUCCCUGAAGGCCGGCGUUGCCGUGUGUGAGGAAACGGGAAGGUUGGUCGCCGGCUCUGUCAUCUUGGCCCUGGUGUCUUUGGCGAUAAAGCUAAAAAACCGCCACCCCAAAGCCUUUCCAUACUAGCACAUGCUGUGCGGUGACUUGCUGUGCAGGUGUACGGGGCAAAACAACGGGGUAAAGAGGUCAUAAGGCUGUGCUGAGCAACAUGCUACUCUUCACGGAGACCAUUUGCUGACAAAUACCUGGUGUUAGCAGAGGUAACGAAAGGAAUUUAUGAUGAAGCAUUAAGCAGUUUCUUCAGGAAUGUAGAUACAAGAAGUGCUGGUGAUGGUCCUGAUAUUUACAAAGGAAAAAUCUGCUCUUUAAAAGCACGAGCGCUGUUGAUUGACAUGGAGGAGGGUGUGGUAAAUGAAAUUCUGCAGGGACCAUUGAGAGAUGUGUUUGAUAGCAAGCAGCUUAUUACAGAUGUUUCUGGUUCAGGAAACAACUGGGCUGUAGGUCAUAAGAUAUAUGGCUGUCAGUACCGGGAAAACAUUGUGGAAAAGCUGAGGAAAACUGCAGAACAUUGUGAUUGUCUACAGUGUUUUUUUAUAAUUCAUUCUAUGGGAGGUGGGACGGGAUCUGGUCUUGGAACUUUCGUGCUAAAUUUGCUUGAGGAUGAAUUCCCAGAAGUGUAUAGAUUUGUUACUGCAGUUUAUCCCUCUGGUGAAGAUGAUGUUAUUACUUCUCCAUAUAACAGUGUUCUGGCUAUGAAGGAGCUUAAUGAACAUGCGGACUGUGUGCUACCAAUAGAGAAUGAAUCUCUGUUUGAUAUAGUUAACAAAAUUCAUCAGAUGAUGAAUUCUGGGAAGCUAGGGUCAACUGUGAAGCAAAACAGCUUGGUAACAUCAAGUGCAGGCAUUACAAAAGCCAUACAGGAGAAGCCGUUUGAUGCAAUGAAUAAUAUCGUAGCCAACUUGCUGCUGAACCUGACAAGCUCUGCUAGGUUUGAAGGUUCCCUUAACAUGGAUCUUAAUGAAAUCAGCAUGAAUUUAGUUCCAUUUCCUCGACUUCAUUACUUGGUUUCAAGCUUGACUCCUCUGUAUACGCUGGCUGAUGUUAAUGUACCUUCUAGAAGGUUGGAUCAGAUGUUUUCAGAUGCUUUUAGUAGAGAUCAUCAACUAAUUCAAGCAGAUCCAAAGCACAGCCUCUAUCUUGCUUGUGCACUUCUUGUUCGAGGAAAUGUGCAAGUUUCAGAUCUUCGCAGAAAUAUUGAAAGGUUGAAGCCUUCCCUGCACUUUGUCUCAUGGAAUCAAGAGGGCUGGAAAACUGGUUUGUGUUCGGUACCUCCUGUGGGCCAUUCCCAUUCCCUGCUGGCUUUAGCAAACAACACCUGUGUGAAACCAACUUUUAUGGAACUCAGAGACAGAUUCAUGAGGCUCUACAAGAAAAAGGCUCAUCUUCACCAUUAUCUGCAAGUAGAUGGGAUGGAGCAAAGCUGUUUUUCUGAAGCUGUAUUGUCUUUGUCUGACCUAAUAGAAGAGUAUAAUGAACUGGAUGCCACGAAAGGUGGACCUAGAGCAGAUCCAUCAAGACUGAAGAUAGCUGUGUGAAGAAGAACUGUGACUUAAAAAAAAAAAAAAAAAAGAAAGAAAGAAGCAUCCAAUCACUUCAGUUAACCAGAAUGAAUUGCAGAGUGCCUAUCUAUUUAUUGUCAUUCCAAAGUGAGACUGAGACAGCUGCUUCCUCAGCUCUCUGAGAAGUGUCAUGCUAAGUGACAGGUCCAGCCUGUAAGAAAGGUUUGCAGGCACCUAAUUAUGGUGGAUAUCAGUAAGAACACUCUUCCUAACUGUAGAAUAAAUUCACAUACCAUAUGUUGCAAAGAGAAGAAAGAGAAGUUGCAGCAGCCAAAAAGGUAAUUCUUCUCUCAGGCUUUCACCUUACAGUAAACUAAAGGCAGGCCUUAGUUCAGAGAAGGAUCACUGUUACUAGGCUUUUUAUUUUUUAAAACUGCACUGAUGAAGGGAAGAAAAGCCUGCAUAUUCUUUUCGUAAACUUUGCAGACCAGUAAUUUCAGGAUGCUCUAAGCUAUGUUCAAAGCUUCGACGUUUUCACUUCCUUCUUGUAGCUCCAUUAGAGCAUUCUCAGUUGAUAACAAAAUUGUGAAUUACAGAAAAUUCACCAAAAUGCAUUUUCUUUCAAGUUUUAUACUUGGAAUAUUAACAUGUUAUUUUAGUGAUUCAUGUUUAUGAAUGCUGAUUUGCACUUGAUAAUGAGAUAAUAUACCUCUGAGUAAGUGAAACAUGCAUGUAUAAUAAAGACUGUUUGGAGGAAAAAGUUUGUAUGCUUUAAAGAAUGCAAGUAAAAUGUUUUAAUAUUUAUAAUUACCAGGGUAAGUAGAUUUGUAUAUCACAAUGGGAAUUUUUACAAAAUAAAAUAUACAGCUAUUUCCAA